AUGCAAGAGACAAUAGGAGAUACGACAUACAAUUGGACAGAUGUCACAACUGAAUUUGCCGAUUUAUGUCGAAACUUACCUGUGGGUGAAGUCCUUCGCGAUGAGGAUUUCACCUUGUUCGAAGCGAUGACAGCUUUAGAAUUGAUGGAUCCGAAGAUGGACGGUGGAAUGUCAAUCAAAAAUCAUUUCCAUGAGCAAAAGCAUGGUAAUCGAACCUUAACAUUACCACAAUUAAUCGAAAAGAAACUUGUUAAGACAUCUUCAUUGACACCAACUGAACUCAUACAUUUAUUCGAUCAAUUACUAUCAACAUUUCAUAUGUGGCUUGACGGGCACAGUUUAGCAUUGACUUUAUACACUUGUGUUUAUGUACAUGAUAUUCCAAUCAUUGAGGAUUAUCCUUUACGAACAAUAUGUUAUACAUUUGUGAAGUUGAUUGAUUAUAUUCGUGAAAGAAUCUUGUUGAAAGCCGGUCUUUUUGAAGAAGAAGAUUUUAGUGGCACAUUGACGUACAAUUUUCCAUUCUAUCGCGAUACGAUCAAGGAUCAAACAUGUUUGAGUGAUCUGAAGAAAUGUGAGGAUGAAUUAAAUAAACGCCUACGUUCGUUAAAGCAUGAAAGUGAGUUAAAUCAAUCAGAGAUCAAUGCAACUCAACAACUGAUACAUCGAAUACGGUUUUUACGCUUAUUUUUCGGUGUGACACUGAGAUUCAAUGAAGCGAAUGAGAAAACUAACGAACAAACAUACUUAAAUAGUGAAGAAAUUCUGAAAAAUCUCAAACAAAUCGACGAAUUACUUCUUCUUAUCCGACCAUCACAUGUUGUAGAAGACGAAACUACAACAUCACCCGACAAUGCGGAAAUGAUCAUACCAAUCUCUUCACUCGCCGAUAUCGCACGUUCAUUUGACCCCUAUUAUAAUUACCGACAAUUGCCGCCAGCAUUCAAUCGUUUCAUCCGUCAACUGAUUUUACCGUCAUGUGUUUACACAUUCUUAGGAAGCAUUUGUCAGCAACUGCGGCGAAUGCUAGAAGUCAACGACAAACGAACAUUGAAACAAGCUUUCGAAUUUUUUCUGGAAUAUUCAACGAAUGAAAAGCCAUCGUUGUUCAUUCGUUCUCUUCUUCUUCUUUCAUAUUUACCGUCGGUACAGGGUUGCCUAUUAAGUUCAAGAAAAAUCUUCGGCCAGAUUUCGUUUGCUGAACAAGUCAAGUAUGAAAUGCGAUUGUUCAUCGUUCCACCAUUGUUAACAUUGAAAUACAUAGCAAUCGACCAGGAAACGAUCAACUACGGCGAGAAUUUCUUUCAACGUGCUUGUGUACCGUUUUCGAAUCUAUUCUAUUCGUUGUGUAACAAUCGUGCGCGUACAAGAGAGAAACUAUCGAAUCUAUUAGAUGAAUUUAGUGUUCUACAAGAUGAAAGUGAGAAGUUAGAUCAAUGGUUACACAAAUAUUUCCUUCAACAUAUUCUGCAAGCGAAUUUAUCAACGUUGAAUGCUCAGACGUUGUUAUUAAUCGAGAAGACUUCGUAUUUCUUUCAAUUUAUUCUUCAUUGGACGCUGUUAAUCAUGGAAUACUAUCUUCUAAUGGGCUUCGAUUUAUCACUUUAUUCGAAGCGUGAACUCUACGAUGUGUACUUUUACUUCGCCCAAAUCAUUCUAUUUACACAUAUCAAUGUUUACAAAACAUCAACGAAUCUUCUCAACACGACUAUACCGAUGUUAAUUCAAACCAAUCAAAAACAUCAGCAAAUCAGCAAAAAUCAAACCAGUAAUAUUUUUGUCCAGCAAUUCAGUUCACUCGUUCAACAGCAUAGCAAUGACGAUCCUUUGAUGGAUUCUGCGAAUGACAGUAAUCCGGGACAAAAGAAAAAUAAACGGAAAAAUCUCAACGGGUUGUUAUCUACCAACACGGAUCAUCAUGAACAAGAAGUAGCACUCAUUCACGGACAUUUUGCGAUGAGUACAGCGAUGCAUCGAUGUUUGAAAGCUUUGGAACUCGAACGGCGAUUAAGAUUCAGCAGUACCGAUGCCAAUUAUUUUCUUCGCGAUGAAAUCCGUUAUCGUCAUCGUUUUCUUCCAUUUGCAAACCUUUGUGCACCACCCUAUAUGCCUCACGCUGAUUUUCUUCAUAUUCAAAAUUUAAGUGAUAAUCGUUACACCCCAAAGGAACUCUAUCAAGAUGCGAUUAAUAAUUUCUCUCAAGCGAAAACAUAUUUCGAAAGUUAUCUCAAUCGACUAACAGCAUCCAAACAACAAACACUGAACCGAACGUUCACAACAAACUUCACGUCUUUAGCAGAUGUCGAAUCGUAUAUUCGUAUCGCGAAAACGAAUUGUGUUGUUUUGAAAUUGUUACUGAGUGGUCAUAAACCUGAAAUGAAAAUUGAUUUUGAUUUUACUUUACACGCCCAUUAUCCAACAUUGAAACUAUAUAAGAAAAUAUUCAACCACGUUAAAUUAACUUAUCGCACAUUAAGAACAAUGUCCAAUUCAGUACUUAAUAGCCACAAUGUCGAUGCGAUUGAAAGUAAAAGUGACGAACCGGAAUUUGAUUUCAAGGAAUAUUAUUCCAAAGAGAAAACAUUGGCAUUACGUGAUAUUUAUAUCCCGUACUGUACGGAGCUAUUCUAUCGUGAAAAUCCAAUAAAAAUUGUUCGCUGUCAAGGAACAUACAUGUACGAUCAAUUAGGAAACAAAUAUUUAGAUUGUAUUAAUAAUGUUGCGCAUGUGGGUCAUUGUCAUCCGUAUGUUUGCAAUCAGAUUUACAAACAAAUGGGUGCAUGUGCGACAAAUAAUCGGUAUUUACAUGAUAAUACUGUUGUUCUUGCCGAAAAACUAGCCAAAACAUUACCGAAAAGUCUCGAGCAAAUUUUCUAUACAAAUUCUGGUUCCGAAGCAAAUGAUUUGGCUAUUCGAUUAGCUAGACAAUAUACUGGAAACUACGACAUACUUGUCCUUGAUAAUGCUUAUCAUGGCCAUUUGACCACUCUCUUCGAAUUAUCGACUUAUAAAUUCAAAAAGGCCAAUACAGAAAUGAAGGCGCCCGAACAUGUUCAUGUGUUAUCAAUUCCGGAUAUUUACCGUGUGGAGGAAGUGGAGUCGCGUGGUCGUCGUAUAGCAAUAUUUUUAAUCGAAUCGCUACAAUCCUGCGGUGGACAAAUCAUCUAUCCAAAAGGAUACUUGAAACAAGUCUUUGACUUUUUACAAUCCAAAGGUAUUCUCUGUCUAGUCGAUGAAGUUCAAACAGGCUUUGGUCGUACCGGCACGCAUUUCUGGGCAUUUCAAUCGUAUGAAGAAGAUGUUACUCCUGAUUUUAUCACAAUGGGCAAAUCUAUGGGCAAUGGCUUUCCCGUAGCUGCGUUAGUUACACGUCGGGAUAUCACACAAAAGUUCGACAUGAAUGGUAUUGAAUAUUUUAACACAUACGGAGGAAAUCCGGUUAGUUGUCGCGCAGCUAUUGCGGUUAUGGACGUGAUUGAAAAAGAGAAAUUAAUGGAAAAUGCAUUGAAUGUGGGUAAUUAUUUGGUCGAAAAAUUAAAGGAGAUUCAAUCAAAGUAUGAUAUUAUUGGUGAUGUGCGUGGCCGCGGUCUUUUUCUCGGCAUUGAAGUUGUCCGUGAUGGUAAAUCACGUGAACCUGGCAUAGAGGAAGCUCAUGAAAUUAAAUACAAACUUCGCGAACAUAUGAUUAUUGUAUCUCUCGAUGGUCCUGAUCAUAAUGUGAUUAAAUUCAAAUCGCCGAUGUGUUUUUCCAAUACUGAUGCUGACUUUUUCUGCGAGAAAUUGGAAACAGUCGUUCGAGAAUGUCAAAAGAAGAAGGAAGAACAACAACAACAACAACAAUAA